GCGGCGACGGCCGUGUAGGGAAGUGAAGGCAGUGGGGCCUGCCGCCCGGGUAUAUAUACAGUGCCGUCGCCAUCAUCACGUUCAGUGCCCGCUGCCCCGGCCAACACGUCAGACAUGUGGUCUCCUGUGGUUAUCUUGCUUCUGGUAGCGUCGGUAAGAGGUGAGGCUGAUGCAGACCCGAAGCCCAACAUGGAGUUAUACCCACAGUAUGGCACCAGCUGGGCAGCACAGCAUUUUGGCACACCACAGGAGAUAGCUGCUGCCGGUGAAUUGGCCUCACACCGUCAUGAAGGUAGCCUAGCUUCUUCAGGCUCGGAAUUCCUUCCAGCUAAGGCAUCCCCAUCGCCACUCUUCGCUAUCCGGGACGUCCAGACGAGGCCACCGGUGAGACCCGCCAUCCAGCUACUGCGCCAUCCUACCUUCUUACUUUAUCCACCAUCGCCGUACUUCCUGCAGACCAUCCACCUUCGCGUACCUGAUGUCAGGACGCAGGCAGAUGUCCACGCACCUGUAACGGCGCCCUCAUCGCUCAGCUUUGGCAGUCAGCACACUGCCCAGAUCCCCUUCAUUCAACAAGGCUCAGGUUCCACUUACCUGAGAUUCUAUCCUAACCCAGUCGCUGCCUCCACUUAUCCUUUCACUACUCGACAAGCCAUCAAAGAAUUUGCUGUUCCCAGUCACUCGAAAGAAGACGAAGACGACGACGAAGGCGUGUCAGACAAAAAUUACAUCAUCCUACAGCACUUCCCGACGGAGCUGGCAAGCUUGACAAGCCUACGCGACAUUGAUAACGAACCUGUAAUCCCUGCUGGCAUCGUUCAGUCCACCCAGCCCAGUUUCAGCCGGGUUGUGUUCAUUAACGAUAAAGCACAUCCGAGCCUCCAUGACAAGAAGCCCUCGAAGGAUGGUAGUGUUCUUCUUGUGUAACCUGUGUCGGUGUUUGUGUGUGUGUGUGUGUGUGUGUGUGUGUGUGUGUGUGUGUGUGUGUGUGUGUGUGUGUGUGUGUGUGUGUUUCUCCACAACACGAGGGAGUCAAGAUCCAAAGUAAAUUACCGAUUUCUUAAACCAGACAUCAAGUCUGUAUAGUCAAAACUGUAAAUUUGCGUGUCGAGAAGUGAACGUUUGCUUUACAAAUCUUUUAUCAAGUUACCAAGGUGGAGGAGGACUCUCCAAAGAACGCGUGAAAAAAAAAAAUCCAAAAAGUUUCCAAGUAGGUUAGUAUGCGCAGCAGAUGGUACCUAGGACAUGCCAACCCCCACAGUGAACAGCCUCCACGUUCUCUGGCGGCCUCUAGGGGUACAACUAUCAGUUUGUAAUACAAUGUCCCUGACUCCUGUCUGAUAUUGGCCACGGAGACCUGAAUGUACCACUGUUCGGGGUUCUUAAACAAUCAUCGAUUAACUUUAAUUUUAAUAAAAUUUAAACAAUUCAAAAUCAGAUCUAAAAGGGCAUUUCUUAAACCCAGUUCAAUGAUAAUUAAUUUAUUGGAUGUUUUAAUAAAAUUUAUAAUAAGGAUAUUUUGUUCCGAGUAUUGAUUUUUUUAAGUCAGAAAUUUUAAUGAUCGUAUCUGACAAGACAUUAAAGUGGGCAGGCUGGACGGCAGCAUGAAGAUAGUGACCUUGCGCACUUUCGUCUGGACGAGCAGCUGCACCAAGAUGAUCUGUGGAAUGAACCACACCCGUUCAUCGUCUGCCUCCACCACAACCUUUCUUCUGCCUCGUCAUCACCCACAACCUUCCUUCCUCUGCCUCUUUAUCGCAAUCUUCAUUCUGCUUCUUCAUCACUUACAGCCUUCCUCUACCUCUUCAUUACCACCUUCCUUCCUUUUUUCUCUGCUUUACCACACACAACCUUUCCCAUUCAUUCCUAUUAUCUUCAUCAAUAUGGCUGUGUGCAAAUACUUUCACCUCUCUUACCUCCUAGGACACUACGUGGGGUGUCAUUUUUUUUAAUUAUAUGAAAAACCUACUGUCACAUCUUAUAAUGUGAGGUUUAAUUUUACGAGGUUGAUAAGUAAGCCAGAGGAAGGGCUCGGUGAAACGUCCAAAAUCUCCACCACGCGGAUCCUCAUAUGAUAAUGACCCGCGUCAGGAGAAUUUUUUUCAGUUCUCUAAUAGAUUACGACAACGCUGAAAUGUAAUUACCUUUCACAGUGGUUAAAUUGCAUGAUAUUUCAAUUAUGGGUAGAGAUUACCCCUAAUGAGCUAGGAAAUUUAUUGAGUUGGCGUGCAUCAGGUGUGCAAAGAUUCCUAAUGAACUGUUACUUAAUAUAUUCAGGUAGCUAGAACAGGGGUGUAUACUGGGCCAGGUUCUCUGGUAUGGGUAGUAGUCCUUCGUGGUACGGUAUGUGUCCUUCAUGAGAAGACGUCUGCUACUUUUACUCUAUGAUCCCUCGCAUAAUUUCGCUUUUAAUAGCCUACUCGAUCCUCUCUUGCCGUCCCGCUCUCUCCAUCCUCCAGCACACACCUUAGCCUGCACAUCUGGCCCCAUGCACCGACCUCAGAACUUGUGUGUCGCAGUCAGUUUUCUGAUGUCUUCAGAUGUUAUUUCUAGCCAGGGUUCUGUAGGUUCACAAUCCAGGGUUCAUUAAAUUUAAAGACCAAAGCUUCAGGAAAUUCAAUGAACAGCGAUUCUUUACUCAAACUUUAUUUAAAUUCUACAAUUAUUGUUGAACUUCACAGGGUUACUCCACAUUCCAGCGUUUACUAAGCUGGUUCGAGUAACUGCGAACAUCACAUGUCUGAAUCAGUAUGAACUAAAUUUAAGCACAAAUUUAUUUGAAUAAGCUGUUUUAUGCGAGUUGUUGUGCAAAACGUUUAUAUGAUACAAUCAGAGAAAUUAUUCUCGCUACCAACUUUGGUCCUGGCGACUGCCAGAAGCAAA